UACAAAAAAGAGCGCAAGAGAAAGGCCACCUUAUUAAGCUUCAUUGUAUCCGGCACACCCAGUUCCCGGUUUGUAAUAAUCGGUUACGUCUUUUGCACAUCCACGUGGUACCUUUCAAAACCCAUAGAUCACCAACCAAUGUUCAAUCGUCCCAUAUAUACAUGGCCUAACCUUUCACUUGCCUUUCCAAUUUCCCACCAUCAAGAAUUAAUCUUUCUCAGCCUUUGUGUUUUCUUUCUUUUCAAGUUGCAGUUGCCGAAACCCCUUUCUUGAAUUGCGAUUUCUAUAGUUGUUUUGCCUUGUGCAUGAAACAGGAAACAAGUAGCACCAUGAUUGCAGAGCAAAGAGGUCUUAACCGACCAAAGUUUGGUGCUCUCUUGCACUCUGACCCUGCAAUCUUUACCAACCAAGAAGAUGAUUACUCCAACCAUAAUAAGACUAGUCCUAGUCCAGCCUCUGUUUCAAGUCCUAGAUAUUCUAAUAGCAGCACAACCACAAGUGGUGAGGCCUCUUCUUAUCCCAUGUCUCCUUGGAGCCAGCCAUCUCCUUAUUCUAAAUCUCCUUGGAUAAUCCCAUCUCCAAUCAUCAACCAUAAUCUCAGUAAUAAUGGUCUUAUUGGAUCCAUUGUACGCGAAGAAGGUCAUGUUUAUUCUUUAGCUGCUUCUGGUGACUUGUUGUAUACUGGCUCAGAUAGCAAGAACAUACGCGUAUGGAGGAAUUUGAAGGAAUUCGCCGGGUUCAAGUCGAAUAGUGGCUUAGUUAAGGCCAUUGUUAUAUCUGGAGACAAGAUUUUCACUGGUCAUCAAGAUGGGAAGAUCAGAAUUUGGAAGACAUUUCCCAAAAACCCUAGCGUCCAUAAACGAAUUGGAAGCUUACCAACUUUUAAAGAAUCCAUUAAAAAAUCCAUCAACCCCAAGAACUACGUAGAAGUUCGCAGACACCGCAAUGUUCUACGCAUCAAGCAUUUCGACACAGUAUCCUCUCUGAGUUUGAACGCAGAGCAAGGUUUAUUAUACUCAGGAUCCUGGGAUAAAACUUUGAAAGUAUGGCGGAUUUCGGACUACAAGUGCCUGGAAUCGAUCAACGCGCACGACGACGCAAUAAAUUCAGUAGUGGCGGGGUUCGAUUCAUUGGUAUUUACAGGUUCGGCGGAUGGAAUGGUAAAAGUGUGGAGAAGGGAGCUUGAAGGAAGAGGAACCAAGCAUUUCCUGGUGCAAACACUGUUAAAACGAGGAAACGCGGUGACCGCCCUAGCAGUAAAUCAAGAAUCCGCUGCGAUUUACUGUGGUUCCUCCGAGGGAUUGGUGAAUUUUUGGGAACGUGAAAAGCACUUGUCACAUGGUGGGGUACUCCGGGGCCACAAAAUGGCUGUCCUAUGUUUGGCAACCGCCGGUAAUUUGGUGUUCAGUGGAUCCGCGGAUAAAAGCAUAUGUGUAUGGAGGAGGAGAGAGCCAGGCGGGAUCCACACAUGCUUGUCGGUUUUGACGCGCCACGGCGGGCCAGUGAAGUGCCUGGCCGUUGAAAAGGAUCAACAUUCCGACAAAGGAGAUCAACGGUGGAUAUUAUACAGCGGGAGCUUAGACAAGUCCGUUAGAGUGUGGCGCGUGUCAGAUACGCUCCAGAGCUAAGGAAGUGCCACUGUUUCUGUAUCAGUACCAUUUCAAUUCCAAAUUACCCAGGCUCAGCAACCCUCACCGCCCACAAACAAAAGUCAUUAUCAAGGUUAAACGAGAGGGGAAUGGACGUGAAAUUACGCGGAGCCACAGCACUAGCAUUGUGAUUCAGUAAGGUGGGGUCCUAUAAUACAGGAGAAUAUGGACCACUCGAUUGUAAGAUUUAGGUGUAAAUAUUAAAUAAAAAUAAUAGUAUAGCAACAACCAAAGAAGUGAUCAGUGAUGCAAUGUAGAGAAUAGCAUCACUUGAAAAAUGGGUUUCCUCAUGUAAGAAGCAAUGUGGACAUUUUCUUGUGUCCUCUUAUCAAAGAAAUUUGUUGGUUUUUGGACA